CAAGGUCCGCUGAUCAUUGGAGGGGGGAGGUCUUAACGCAUGUAAAUUAUAAACCCAGCGUUUUAUACAUAUACGCUACAAAACAAUUGCUUUCCGUCUCAGACACUUUUUCAUGUUUUUGUAAUGCUGUCCGACGUAAUGGCGUCUUGUGACGACGUGCGGGAAAAUGUGAAGAAGUACUAUGGCAGCCGACUGGAGUCCUCUGGUGAUCUGCAAACAAGUGCUUCCUCCUGCAGUCUGCCUUGCCGCCCACCACAAAAGAGUGUCAGGGAUGCACUGAUCCUGGUUCACCCAGAGGUAACCAAAAAAUUCUUCGGCUGCGGCCUUCCCUUCCCGGCGAAGCUUGAGGGCUGCAGAGUCCUGGACCUCGGCAGCGGCUCUGGCAGAGACUGUUAUGCCUUCAGUAAACUGGUUGGGCCGAGCGGACAUGUGACAGGGAUCGAUAUGACGGAGGAGCUGAUCGCAGUAUCCCGUCAGUACAUCGAGUAUCAUCAGAAGAAGUUUGGCUAUGAGAAGCCCAACAUCACGUUUGUCCAGGGGUACAUGGAGAAGCUCGGUGAAGCUGGCAUGCAUAGUGACUCAGUGGAUGUUGUGUUAUCCAACUGUGUGAUCUGUUUGUGUCCUGAUAAAAGAGCAGUGCUACAGCAAGCUUACAACAUCCUGAAGGAGGGAGGUGAGCUGUACUUUAGUGACAUGUAUGCCAGCAAAGUCGUUCCUGAUCACAUGAAGGAAGAUCCAGUCCUGUGGGGUGAAGGAAUGGGUGGUUCUCUGUUUUGGCAGGAUCUCAUUUCGUUGGCACACGGCGUAGGUUUCAGCACUCCACAUCUCGUUUCAGCCAGCCACAUUGUGAUCUACAACAGUGAGCUCAAAGCAAAAGCAGGGGAUGUCGGCUUUGCUUCGGGCACUUACCGGCUCUUUAAGCUGCCCAAAAGUCCAGUCGUGUCUGAGGCGACCGUGACCUAUAAAGGAACUGUGGCAGAUUUCCCAGAUCAGCUAGACUUUGAUUCCUCCCACUGUUUCAAGAAAGAUGUGGCAGUGGUGGUGAAUGGAGAGAUGGCAGCAAUCCUCCAGAGAUCUCGUUUCUCCCCGGAUUUCAAAAUCCAGGUCUCGGAUCAACCAGAGUCCGACUCAGAGUCAACACCACAGUACUGCCACCUCAACCCAUUUCUGCUGGCUGACAAACUGGGAUCCUCAGUGAAGCAGUGCUCCAAAACAAGCAAAUAAAGAUGUAGCUGAAUACUGAGGAGAUUGUUCUGCAGAUUUAGUAGAACUGAAAUAAGAUCGCAACACAGAAUUAGUUGAUUUUAUAAGUAUAACAUUAGAGACUAAUCAUGUUAUGUGCUUGUCACGUAUGUCUUGUUAUACUGUAAAUUUGUCAAGGUUUACUUGUUUUACAAAAUAAUGCUGUCGGUUAUGAAAUAAAAAGUCUCCAAAUACUAAAAUAACAUUUUGUAGUAAUUGUUUUAACUUUUGAUGCUUCGACCUACUUGAGAAACGUCAAAGUAAUAUGAACAAGUAAACGGUUCUGUGUACAAAUCACAAUAAAAGCAUCUUGCUAGUG